AACGCAGGCCCACUCAAAGAGGCAUGCUUCGUGCAUGACAAAUUGGUGCUGCCCGAGGGUGCGGGUUUGGAAGGGUUCCCAGCAUCCUCUCCUGGCUUCACCCAUGUGUCUUGCCUGUUCCCCAAGCCCCCAACCCUCCUGGCCGUUGGUCUCCACACACCCCCUACUCCUCUCUCCCAGUUUCUCUGACUUUCCGCAGGGGAGAGGCAGGGAAGUUCUCUUCACCCAGGGAAGUCAGCGCUGUUGCUGCUGGAGCGCAUGGCGGGGGGAGGGAUAGUUGCCAGUGUACUCUCACGGCCCCCCAUCCUCGUCCCCUUCCUGCCCUAGGUCUGACGCCCCCCUCCCCACGCACUAGUUUUCUGGUUAUCGUACAGGCGGCGGAGGGCUUAGGAAGGUGCUUUGAACGCACAAGGAUCACCUGGAACUCGAGGGUUGAGGGGGUGGUUUCGAGCGCCCCCUUCUGGUCCCCCUCUUGUCUCUCCUCCCACCUUCCCCCUCCACCCCCCUCCCUCCCAAAUCCUCUCCUCGCCUAGGGUACAAGCCUACCCCCUCUCCCGUUUGGCCGUCGCUGGCUAGGCGUAAGGGAGGUAUGCUUUACGCGCAGGGCAGCGGCGGCAUGGAGGCGCGCUUCACGCGCGGGAAGUCGGCGCUGCUGGAGCGCGCGCUGGCCCGGCCGCGCACCGAGGUGAGCCUGAGCGCCUUCGCGCUGCUCUUCUCCGAGCUGGUGCAGCACUGCCAGAGCCGCGUCUUCUCUGUGGCAGAGCUGCAGGCUCGCCUGGCUGCGCUAGGCCGCCAGGUGGGCGCCCGCGUUCUGGAUGCGCUGGUGGCUCGCGAAAAGGGCGCCCGGCGGGAAACCAAGGUGCUGGGCGCCCUGCUCUUCGUUAAGGGCGCCGUGUGGAAGGCACUCUUCGGCAAGGAGGCCGACAAGCUGGAGCAGGCCAAUGACGACGCCCGCACCUUCUACAUCAUCGAGCGGGAGCCGCUCAUCAACACCUACAUCUCCGUGCCCAAGGAGAACAGCACGCUCAACUGCGCCAGCUUCACGGCUGGCAUCGUGGAGGCGGUGCUCACGCACAGUGGCUUCCCCGCCAAGGUCACGGCGCACUGGCACAAGGGCACCACGCUCAUGAUCAAGUUCGAGGAGGCGGUCAUCGCCCGAGACCGGGCCCUGGAGGGCCGCUGAUUCUGCCCCCCCCCCUCCCGAUAAAGGAUGCAGAUAGCCCCCUUC